CAAUUUAAUUGUGAAUCUUAUCAGUGGCAAACGCGAAUUGUUAUUAAAAGUUUAAUUUAGAGGUUUCGAAAUAACAUCCAAUAUCAGCAUUCCAGUUCUUUUCGAGUUGCAGACCGACUUAAAGCGAAAAAGAAAAUGGCUAGUUUCAAUUUUCGCGGACUAAUUGCACCUGUAUUUACCGCGUUCAACAAUGAUUUAUCCAUUAACACAAACGUAAUUCCAAAAUACGCCAAAUUUCUUCUCGAUUCGGGAAUUAAUGGGGUUUUGGUUCACGGAACGACGGGCGAGGGCGUCUCCCUAAGCGUCGAAGAACGCGAGAAAGUAACCGAAGCGUGGCUCCAAGCGGUCAAGCAGACCAAGCAACACCUUAUGGUGCAGGUAGGAGGUUGUCCGCUACCGGAUGCGAUACGACUAGCCAAACACGCUGAAAGUAUCGGGGCCGACUCGCUGCUUUGUCUUCCCGAAUUGUACUUCAAGCCCACCAAUCCUCAAGAACUCAUCGACUACUUGAAAAAUAUAGGACAAGCGGCCCCAAAGACUCCCCUGCUGUACUAUCACAUUCCUGCGUGGUCCAACGUCAAUGUUAAUAUGGAGGAUUUCUUAAAUCAAGUCGGCAAUCAGAUUCCCUCGUUCAAGGGCAUCAAGUACACCUCGAAUGAUCUGUCCGCUGGAUACGACGCAACCAAAGCAGCGGGAGGUAAAUUCGCCGUCUUUUUGGGUGCGGAUUCGCUGAUGGCCGGCGCUUUUACUCAAGGUUUCGAUUCGUCCAUCGCCACAUCGUUAAAUAUAUUGCCUCAAUUCGGAGUUCAAAUUCUCAAAGCCGUACAAUCGUCCAAGUUAGAAGAGGCGAGGAAGCUGCAGGAUAAACUGACCGCCGCGUGCAAAGUGAUAACGAAAAACGGUGCGUGGGUGCCCACCAUGAAAGCCGCGAUGAACUCGUUGACCCCGAUCAACGUUGGCCCAGCCAGGCCUCCACUGAAGAACUUAACCAGUGACCAGAUAAAAGAAUUGGAGACAUCGAUUAAGCCUUUCUUGUAAAUCUGUCGGUUAUAUUAAAACGAUUUGCACAUCAGCAGCGGCAGGGUGUUUUAGUU